AUGGGCAAAGACGAGAUGACUUACGUGGACAUGGGAUUUUGUUCUCGUUCACAGGACAGGAAGACCCAAAGAUCUCAGAACAAUGAGAGCAAAGAAAUGACCAAAGAGGAGAUGACUUACAUGGACAUGAGAUUUUGCUCUUCUUCGCAGGAGAGGAGGAGCCAAAGAUCUCAGAACUCUGAGAAAGACCAAAGGCCUCAGAACUCUGAGAGCAAAGAUUCUCCUGCUCCAUCCUCUGCCUGGAAGUUCAUUGGAGUAAUUCUGGGCAUCCUCUGCUUAAUAAUACUGGGAACAGUAUUACUCUUAGUCUUCUUAUGGGAUAAAACCAAUCCAUGUCCAAAGAAAUGGAACCAUCAUGGACAUGUCUGCUACCUCUUCACUACUGACUGGAAAUCCUGGCAAGAGAGUAAAGAUUAUUGUACUUCUUUGGACUCCAAACUCCUUGACAUCAAAAAUAAGGAAGAACUGGAGUUCUGCAAAUCACUAGCACAUGUUCCCCACUGGAUUGGACUAUCUCGUCAGGAAGGCAAUGAGACCUGGCUGUGGGAGGAUGGCACAGCUCUCUCCAAAGACCUGUUUGCAGUAGCCCAAGAGAAUAUCCCAGGGUGCUGUGUGCUUCUCUCUAAAGUAGAAGCCAAAUGCAUUUCUUGUGAGGAGCCGUUCUCCUGGAUUUGCAAGAAGAAGGCUGUGCAUCCAGAACCUGCUGCUCUGAUAGAAGGAAAGAAGAAAAGCCACUAGAAUAUAUUCCUGCUCCAUUCCAAGUCCUGGCCAGAUACACAGCUCCAAGGUUGUC